UGGCCGCACUUCCCGUCGGGGAGAGAGUGUAAUAUGGCGAAGACCUACGAUUACCUGUUCAAGCUGCUGCUGAUCGGGGACUCGGGGGUGGGGAAGACCUGUGUCCUGUUCCGCUUCUCCGAGGACGCCUUCAACUCAACUUUCAUCUCCACCAUAGGAAUUGACUUUAAAAUUAGGACCAUAGAGCUCGAUGGCAAGAGAAUUAAGCUACAGAUAUGGGACACCGCUGGUCAGGAACGGUUUCGGACGAUCACAACGGCCUACUACAGGGGCGCAAUGGGCAUCAUGCUGGUCUAUGACAUCACCAACGAGAAAUCCUUUGACAACAUCCGGAACUGGAUUCGGAAUAUUGAGGAGCACGCCUCUGCAGAUGUCGAAAAGAUGAUCCUCGGAAACAAGUGUGACGUGAACGACAAGAGACAAGUAUCCAAGGAACGGGGAGAGAAGCUCGCCCUGGAUUAUGGAAUCAAGUUCAUGGAGACCAGUGCGAAGGCCAACAUCAACGUGGAGAAUGCCUUCUUCACUCUCGCCAGAGACAUCAAAGCAAAAAUGGACAAAAAAUUGGAAGGCAACAGUCCCCAAGGGAGCAGCCAGGGGGUCAAAAUCACCCCGGACCCGCAGCGGAGGAGCAGCUUUUUCCGAUGCGUUCUUCUGUGAGGAGCACUGCCUUACUCCGGGCCUCGCUCCGCUCAGCUGACUGUGCCUGUCCUGAGUGGGCCCCUUGCUCGGCCGGGGCCCGCCCCCUCCAACACUCCCUGCCGCGCCGCGGCCACCGGGCCCGUGGCCACCAGACACAGUUGAGAAAUUGUUGAUUUUAGCAACUGUCUGAUCUUUUUCAAGUCUGGAGAUGGAAUAAGUUAAGAAUCUGCUAUUUUUCUUGUCUGCUGAAUGGGCCCUCCCACCGCGUGGCCAGAGCGAAGGAUGGAGCUGAGACGUGACCACCGACAUCAGCCACCACGGCGGGCCUCCGUCUCCAGGCCUCACCGCCACACGACCCAGGCCCCGCCGCAGAGCCCGUCCCCGGCCCCACCACGGGAGCCCGAGUUCUGGGCACGUCUGACGCCGACUGUCUCCUCUUCUGUCAGUUUUGGACAAGUGACAAAAGCCAUUCUCUUCCCCCCCUUUCUCUUCUUAGCUGUCAGCCAGACCAAAGGGAAGCACAAUUACGGAAAUCCUGAGGAAAGAAGCCUGGGGUGGCCCUUCCCGUUGCACUGGCAGGUGCUGCGAGUCUGUAGUCGGCCGAGGCCUGGGGCUGCCCCGUGGGCCUCCUGGCCCCCCCGCCUGAGCGCCGAGGGGACCCACGCGUGCCACGGGCACCCCCGGAAACGCAGCCGCCCACGCGCCCCCCACCUGCGACGGGGGCAUCCAUCUCUGGACCCCCAGGCAGCCCCCCACUCCCCUUCCCUCCCGCCGUCUCCAAAUCGGACGUUCUUUCUAGCUGAGAUUUUUAUUUUUCCAGAUCUGUAGUGCCAUGAAGUGGUUCUGUCUUCGAUUUCCCGCGGCAGACCGGGUGCCUGGGGGCUCGUGCGCACCUCUGGCCAGUCGUGGCCGCGAGUGUGAGGCGGCGCUGGCCGCAGGCCGGGGUGCGAGGCGCAGACUGAUCGCAGAGCAGUCUGAGCCGGUUUCCAGUGCCGCCACCAGGUUCCGAUGUGACAGCUCUGCCUUCCUGUAGAGACUGCAGGCGGGCCAGGGGGCCGGGUCGGAGAGGUGCCACCAGGGAGCCCUUGUCUUUUCUAUAACCCCCACCCCCGCCCCUGCCCCAAGUCCAGGCCAUUGGCAUUGUAGUUUCUUCUUUUUUGAAUUAAAACCAACAUACCAGCAAUAGUCGCUCUCCCCUGAAGUCUCUUAACAUGCUCUGUUUACAUCGAUAAAUGCACUUAAGGAAAACAAACAAAUUAAAGCUCAUUUUAAAGUUAA